CGCAGGUCAUGUUUGAGGCCGGAGAGUCUAGACGCGGCGGCAUAGUGAUCAGUGACUACCCGGAGUCCUGCAGGGGCGGGGCGGCACCGACAGCGGGGAUCCCGGGUGAGGGGGAGCCAGGGUGAAGGGGCCCACGAGUGCCGGGAGCCCAGGUGACCGCGCGGGAGCCCAGGUGAGAGGCCAGGAACCCACGUGAGGGGCAGCCCAGAUUGGAGAUGGAUACCUGACAAUCCCAGGGAUCACUUCACGGACAUCAUUUUCUUGGACAAGAUUGUGUAGGGCCCAGGCUGUGUUGGCCCCAGGACUCCUUCAGAAUACAGCUGAGGACGAUGAAUCCUGCGAGCAACGGGGGUACAUCAGAGAGCAUUUUUGACUUGGACUAUGCCUCCUGGGGGAUCCGCUCCACGCUGGUGGUCGCUGGUUUUGUCUUCUACCUGGGCGUCUUUGUGGUCUGCCACCAGCUGUCGUCCUCCCUAAAUGCCACGUACCGUUCUCUGGUGGCCAGAGAGAAGGUCUUCUGGGACCUGGCGGCCACGCGUGCAGUCUUUGGUGUUCAGAGCACGGCUGCAGGCCUGUGGGCCCUGCUGGGGGACCCUGUGCUUCAUGCCGACAAGGCACGUGGCCAGCAGAACUGGUGCUGGUUUCACAUCACAACGGCAACGGGCUUCUUUUUCUUUGAAAAUGUCGCAGUCCACCUGUCCAGCUUGGCCUUCCGAACAUUUGACCUGUUUCUGGUUGUCCACCAUCUCUUUGCCUUUCUCGGGUUUCUCGGCUGCUCAGUCAAUCUCCAAGCUGGCCACUAUCUGGCUAUGACCACGUUGCUCCUGGAGAUGAGCACUCCCUUUACCUGCAUUUCCUGGAUGCUCUUAAAGGCGGGCUGGUCUGAUUCUCUGUUCUGGAAGCUCAACCAGUGGCUGAUGAUUCACAUGUUUCACUGCCGCAUGGUCCUGACCUACCACAUGUGGUGGGUGUGCUUCUGGCAUUGGGAUGGCCUGGUCAGCAGCCUGUAUCUGCCUCAUUUGGCACUCUACCUUGUUGGACUGGCUCUGCUUACACUAAUCAUUAAUCCAUACUGGACCCAUAAGAAGACUCAGCAGCUUCUCAAUCCGGUGGACUGGAACUUUGCACAGCCAGAAGCCAAGAGCAGGCCGGAAGGCAACGGGCAGCUGCUGCGGAAGAAGAGGCCGUAGCUGCUCCAGCCGGGGCUCCCGGGGCUCCUGGGGCUCCCAGGCCCCAGCCGGUUGGCACACGGAUUCUGGGAAGUUUGGUGAAUAGUGGCUUUUGAAUUAAUGAGGCAGUGAAUGUUUUGUUUUUAAUUCUAAGGGAAAUACUAACUUUAUUUCUCAUUAGCAUUAAUUUUGAAGUAGCUACAAAGUCUUUUUAAGAAAUUAUAAUUUUGCGACUGUCCUGACUGGUGCUGUAAGUUGAGCCUCUGGACCAUGUCAGGCAUUUAGGAGAGGAGUCCGUGGCAUCCAGGCACCUGCUGAGGAGGGGGUGGCCUUGUCCGAAUGCUGGAAAUGGCUUCAUAGUGAAGUGCCUCCCGCUGGGGGGGUGGGUCAGCGUUGAUUUUCCAGCCACACACUCACAUGCUGUGUGUCUUAUCAGAAGUCACAUUCUUUUCAGCUGGAGAGAAUUGGGCUAAAAUAGAAAAUAAUAUGACUUGUUGCUUGUUAAAAUUUCCCAUGGUAUGAAAUUCUAGGCUGGGCACAGUGGCUCACACCCAAAGUAAUCUCAGCACUUAUGGAGGCUGAGGCAGGUGGGUCACUUGAGGCCAGCCUGACCAACAUGAUUAAACCCUGCCUCUACUAAAAAUACAAAAGUUAGCUGGGUGUGGUGGUGCGUGCCUACAAUCCCAGCCACUCAGGAGGCUGAGGCAAGAGAAUCGCUUGAACCCAGGAGGCAGAGAUUGCAGUGAGCUGAGAUCAAGCCAUUGCACUUUAGCCUGGGAACAGGGCAAGACUCUCUCAUAAAAAAAAAAAAAAAAAAAAAAAAAAUUCUAAACCUAGGUGUCUGGCAGUGCCAUCUGGUGGCAAAUGGUACAAAGACAUCUCUGAGGGGUAGUGACUCCUGUAGCAGCAGAGACGCCUUGGAGUUUACUUGCCACCAACCAGCGUGUGGGGUGGUUAAGAUGAAAUCUUGCAAGUUUGUUUUUUUUUUUAAUCAUGGAACCUGUUUUAAAAUGAGAAUUUACUAUUCAUACUAUAUUGCUCAUUUGACAAAAUGAGGUAGAUAUUUAGUAAUCAGGUUGUCUGGGUUUUAGAGUUGUUUUUCAUUGAUGGAGUUACCUACAGGCACCCAAUCCACACCCUAAUUUUGUGGUUGGUGUUUCUCGCUAGCUUUGAAGGAAAGUAGUGAUGUCAUUUUCCCCCUGAGCUGCAAGGGUGGACCUGGACCCCUCAGAUGCUCAGCUGCAGGGCCCUGGGGUCCCUCGAAUGGUCCUGCUGCAGCCCCUGGCGAUGAGCGCCUGAUGACAAGUCCCAAGGUACGUUACUGUUUUAUGCCCAGAUAGAAUUUAUACACCAACUGAGCAAUUUUGUUGACAGACAUACAGAAUUGUGUGGGUUUGUUUUUGUUUUUGUUUUAAAUGUGCAAUUAAAAUUCAAAGUUUAUU